CUGAUAACACGUCCAAAGUGUGUGAGACAGAGUCUCACCAUCCUUGCUUCCAAGGAGCAUUCUGGCUGUACUUCUUCCAAGACGUACUUUAAAUGUAUUGUUUCAUUUUAAUACUCACAGAAACCCUUCCAGGACGGCGCCAAAACUCUACCUCCCCUCUCGUCUCCUCCCAGCCCUGAAGUAAUUUGAGCCUCCGAAAUAUGUCCCGCCCCCUUAGCCCGUGGCCAACCCCCAAUUGUCCAACGCGAGGAAAUAGAAACUUCAGAGAAAUCGAAACUACCGAGAGAAGGGAGGCCCCGAAGCGCUUACCCUACGCCAGACUCCUUCGACUCCCGGUCGUCUUUCGGAACCAUGAACCACACUUCGCAACACUUCCUCACGAGCGCCGGCACCGGCCUCUCCCCAGCCUAUGAGAUGCUCAAGGAAGAGCACGAGGUGGACGUGCUGGCGGCGCCCCGCGGCCCCGCGGCGCCCGUGAGGUCCACCGUGAUCAACAUCCGCACGGAGACCUCGGUGCCGGACCAUAUCGUCUGGUCCCUCUUCAACACGCUCUGUAUGAACUGGUUCUGCCUGGGCUUCGUGGCGUUCGCCUACUCCGUGAAGUCUAGGGACCGGAAGAUGGUGGGCGACGUGAUCGGCGCCCAGAGCUACGCCUCCACCGCCAAGUGCCUGAACAUCUGCGCGCUGCUCUUAAGCCUCCUGCUGACCGUCGGCGCCAUCAUUCUUCUGGCCACCGGAGCACUGAUAAGCAUGGAGGCCAUCUCACGGAUGGUAAAUCACCUUGACGGCAACUGACCGCUGCCGGUUACUUCGGCCGGAGGCCUGGGGCUGCCGGUUGCUGCUGCAGGAGCCCCCCGGGGCUGUCCGUUGCAGGCCGGAGCCCGCCGGGGCUCCACCGCUGGCCCCGCAUUCCUGCCUGUUACCCCUGCCCCCACCCGUCUACCGCAGUUUGCACACUCCUAUCUGUCUAUAAAGGAAUUCAAUAAAGUGCGUGUGUGUGUAACGGUGCUGUGACACCGCCGGGGGAGGGGACUGUGCCCUGAGUUUCCAGCCUGGUCAUGAGCUGAGGGGUCACCCCACCUUGUCCCACUGCCAGGCUGGGCCGAGAGAGCGGGGCAUGCCCUCAGGCCUGGCUGGUUCUGGUCUCAGGUGGGGCCACAGCUGGGCUGGGUGGAGGCCCCUCUGACCCUGAGGUCUGAGCCCUGAAGUAGGGUGGGCUCUUAUGGGGGGGGCACUAGGAGCCAAACAUGCGCCCUUAGCCUCACACAGGGCGUGGAGGACCCUACUCAGGCACUCUGGGCGGUCUGGGUCCAGGGGUCGGCCCUCUGGGUUGCACCUGGACAAUGCCGUUCUGACAUGGCCGUUAACGGGCUGAGGCCCCCAGCGAUCCCUUGUCUCUGGAGCACUUCUGAAGGGCCCUCCUCUGGCCGAGGGCACCCAGGGGAAGGUGGAUGGCCCCAGCUGGCUGCACCUCCUGCUUCUUGGGCGGGGAGGAGCGAGGCUGCGACUCCUCCUGACUCAGCUGGUGGAGUCUCAGCCAGUCGGGCUGGGGGACCAAUUCCUGGAACCAAAGGCAGGCGGCCGGUCCAGGGAGCGCCUCUAAGCACCUGGACGACACAGAGGCCCUGGGCGGGGGCCUCUGGGGGGGCGGCGAUGCGCGGGAGGCCGGGCCGUCCUCACCCAGAAGCGGGGGAAGAACUUGCCGCAGAGCCGCCGGCAUUACCCCACCACCCAUACCGUGAUGACCAUGCACCCUGACUUCCAACGCGACAACGCCAACAUGUGGUCGAAGAACCCUGACAAGCGCAUCCAGCUGGUCAGCACCCAGCUGAAAAUCUCCUGCUUCUCCUUCAAGACGUGAGCUGCAGUGUCUCCUCCUCCAGCAAGCCUUCUCCAAACUCCAGGCUCCACUGAUACCCCUGAUGCCACAUCCAGGCCAAUCGUAACCAACCGACUAUUUGUUUAAUGUCUCUCUUCCCAUCUUGCCUGGGAAUUCCAUGAGGGCAGGGGCUGACUGCAUGCUGAGUAAACAGCGUAGGUGUCUGGAUAUGUAAAUGAGGGUCUGACUGAAUGUGCAGGUAUGCAGACAGGUGUGUACCCAGUAAGGGCAUGUAGUCCCAUCUGCGUCCCUUUAUUUACUCAAAUAUUUGUUGAGCACCUACUGUGCGCUGGGCACUGGUGAUACAGCACCAGCAGAAGGCUACUAAUAAGCUUCUUGUUCUCCAUCUUCCUCUGUUGAAAGUGAGCCUCCAUUCAUCAUAAAAAUUGUGACAUUUGGCAACAAUAA